AUGGCAGAAAAAGAAGUCCCCUUAGGACUCAAGUUCGUCUUUGGCGGAUUAUCAGGAUGCGGUGCCGUUUGCGUCGCCCAGCCAAUGGACUUGGUCAAGAACCGAAUGCAAGUUUCUGGCGAGGGCGGUGGAGCUCGACUAUACAACAACUCCUUCCACUGCGCGCAGACUAUCAUCAAAACUGAAGGAAUCGCUGGACUCUACUCCGGACUCACCGCCUCUUUUGCCCGACAGCUCUCUUACACGACAGUCAGACUUGGUGUCUACCAGACACUUCUCGGCCGAUUCUCGAAAGAUGGAGAAACUCCUGGUUUUGCUCUGAAAGCGGCUCUUGGAAUGACUGCUGGUUCGAUCGGUGCUUUCUUUGGAACCCCAGCUGAUGUGGCUCUUGUCAGAAUGACGGUUGAUAAAAGAUUGCCUCCAGCAGAGAGAAGAAACUAUUCCUCGGUUUUGGACGCCUGGGCGAAAAUCGUCAAGCAUGAAGGAAUUACAGCUCUUUGGCGUGGCGUUCUUCCGACCAUCUACAGAGCAAUGAUUGUAAAUGUCUGCCAGCUAUCAGUUCAAACUCAAGCUAAAGAAGCUAUUUAUGAUCAAUUCAAAGUUGAGAACAAACUUGCCCUUUCAUUUUAUGGAUCCAUGGUCGCUGGAUUCGUAACUGCUUGCGUUAGUUUGCCUGUCGAUAUGGCGAAGACAAGAACGCAGAAUAUGAAGGUCAUCGAUGGAAAACCAGAAUACAAGGGAAUGCUUGACGUAAUUCAAAGAACUGCGAAAUCAGAAGGAGUUCCUGCGCUGUGGAAAGGAUGGACGCCCUAUUUUGCUAGAACUGCCCCUAUUACUGUUGUCACUUUGGUUCUUAUGGACAUGUUCAUGUUCCAGUACAGAAAAAUGUCAUGA